GCGGGUGCGCAUGCAGGAACAAGCCCUACUUUCACUAUGACUCCUUUUCUCCUCGUCUUUGCUCACUGUGAGUGAAGGACGACUAGCAGUUCAACAAGGCGACAAAGAAAACAAAGACGGUACACUGGCCUGCCGCAUGGGGAAUCGAGUACGCUUCACUCUCACCUUCACCGCGACUUCGCACAUCGACUGGAAGGCCCCACCAAGCUCUUUCCACACGACGUCCACGGCCGCCUGUCGACAAACCUAGCUCUGUUCAAGCAAACACAAACACCACACAAGACUCCUCACCAUGGCGUUUCUUCGCGGAAUUCCCGAGACUAUCUGGAACUAUGUCAGUCCGCGCAAGAUACAACACCGGCGGGAGAAGCCGUUCGCGUUCAAGGCGCCCGCGAUCCCCACCCGAGUCACGACCCUUCCCAAAAAGACCUCACCACUUACACGAGAGAUGAGUCCAGAAGUGCCUGUCAAGACAUGCGAUCCGCCAGCAUCAACCACUCACUUCGGCAUCGACGUGACCUUGUUGCCGCCGUCGCCUCCAGCAUCAGCCGUCUCUUCCAAAGACCUAGAGAGCGACAUGCUAGCCAAAAAAUCACCCGCCGCGCGAGACGACCAGACAGAGGGCUCUUCUGCCGACUUGUGGGAUGCGAACGAGGAAACCAUGGUUGUCGAUGACGGAACUUACAUGAUUGCACAGAAGAAAGUGAAUCACGACCAAGAGAGGCAGAGACAGGACCAGCAAGCGCGUGAGCUGCGCGAUGCUGGUUGGUCUGAGGACGCUGUCUUCCUUUUCCAGAAGCUGGGCAUGCGCGGCUUCGAGCCAUUGAUGCCCAUCAGCUGGAUCGCUGACCUUGAGACCGUUCCAGCAGACCUCUUCACCGAGAACAUUGACAAGGCAUUCAUCAAGCCAGCCUAUGGCACCGAGCACAGUGCGCAGUAUGCUCUUGAGAAGCUCUUCGAUCUGGGCAGUGUCUCUCGUGACGCUUGGCACACGCGCACGAAGCGGGCUCCUCAUUUCCAGAUUGGCAAGGCCGUCAAGGCGUACACGAAGUGGGCUAUGAAGGAUGGCGGAGUUGAACAUCUCUGGUCCCAACUCCCGCUAUUCCAGACCGUCACCUUCUCAAAGCAUGUGCACCCGGCGGUUGGAGAGCGCAAGAUGAUCGAAAAGCUCGAUCGUCUGCACGAGUUGUGGUAUGAUGCCCUGCAGAUCGACCAGGCCACAGACCGAGGAGAUUCCAAUGUGCCUGAAGUUCCGACACUGUAUGGCAUUACCGCAACGCACACCGUUAUGGCUUUUGUGAGCUACGCGCCUUCGACUAAGAAGAACGAACAGUCUUCUGUGCGUCUGCUCGCCAUGUACGACUUUAUGCAGGAAGGUUGCGAUGUCUGGAAUUCCCUUGCCAUUUCCAUCUUCAUCAUACAUUGCAGGAACAGGAUGAUGCAGCUGAGGGAAUGGCUCCCCGAGCCAGAGAUUUCAAUUGAAGAAGAUCCUGAUCUUUGAACGACGAACACGACACAAAUUAACGACAUGAAAGGAAGGAGAUGAUGAGCCACGUAAUGAAGAGAUGGAUGUGGAUUAUGAACAUCGGAUGCGAUUUGAACGCGUGGCGUUUUGCUUCGCGAUAUACCCCAUAAUGAGCGCAAUACCCAAUACCCCAUUUUCUUUUUUUUUUCUUAUGUCAGUCUACUGAGCCACAGGUGUUUGGCUGGGGAGGAAUGGUUGAAGGAGGAAGCUUUACCAAAUUGCGGCAUUCUGCAAACGAUUUCGCUGAAACAUAAGUGUAGCGAUCAGUGUGAUAGGACGAAGUACAUGAAAUUGAUCAGAGCAAUGACGUAGAGAUCAUGCAUAUGACUG